AAACUUUCCAGCACAUCUCUCCCUAACUCAGUGAGAAGCUUAAAGACGAACACUACAUGGUCUACUGGGUUGGUGUGUGUGAUAAACUGCAGUGUUUUCUUCUCCUUACUAAAAUAUAUUUUCACACGAUUGGCACAAGAGCUGGUGGUCUCCAUGGCUAUGCUCCUGUCAGAAAACAACAGGUCUUUCCUUCCCACCACCAAGACUCCUCUCCACAAUGCCACAGAUUGGAUCCUGGUCCACAGCAUCAUUCCUCCCUACAUCUUCACCCUGUGUGUGACGGGGCUGCUGGGUAAUGGCUUUGUCCUGCUGGUCUUCCUUCUCCAGAGGGAGCAGUGCUCCGUCCCAGAGAUCUACCUGGGAAACCUGGCCCUGGCUGACCUGCUCCUCCUGGCCUGCCUGCCCUUCUGGGCCAUGAACAUCCUUAAUGACUACAACUGGCCUUAUGGAGACUUCCUGUGCCACGUAGUCAAUCUGUCUAUCACUGUCAACUUCUAUACCAGCAUCUACCUGUUGGUGAUGGUGAGCGUGGACCGCUACUUAGCGCUGGUGAGAACCAUGAGGGCCAGGUGGCUGAGGAGGAAGCGCUACGCAAGAGCGAUAUGUCUCAUACUGUGGCUGUUUGGGCUGCUGAUAGGAGGUCUAGCUUCGCUUCACAGAAAGGUGACGUUCAUUGAGGAAUAUCGUACAGUGGCGUGUAUUCUGGAGUAUCCGGACCACUCUGGGGAGUCUUGGAAGCUGGCCCACAACCUCCUGUUGAACAUAGUUGGCUUUGUUGUGCCUGUUGUGGGUAUUUUUUCCUGCAGUUGUAACAUUAUCAGAGCCCUGAGGAAGAGGAGGAAGAGUGUUUACAUAGAGGGUGGAAAUGACAGGAAGGCCACAGUCCUUGUUUACGCCGUGACACUGCUGUUUUUUGUAUGUUGGAGUCCCUUCCAACUCUUCACCUUACUCGAUAUGCUGUGUGAUGCAGAAGUCUUGGAUGAAACAUGGCAUUAUACACUGGACAUUGGUACCCAGUUUUCAACCUACCUAGCAAUUCUGAACAGUAGCCUAAAUCCUCUGUUGUAUGUAUUUUCUGGACAGUAUUUUAGGAGGAAAGUUAGCACCAUCUACAAGAGAACGAAGAAUCGCAGGAGAUCUGAUACAAUGGCAUUUCAGCUUUCAAUUGUAUCAACCUACCUCCACAGGACGGAUCACAUCAAACCUGUUGUAAUACAGACAUGAGUUCCUGCAUUUUCCUGCACAUUUGUUUGAUAUCAUGUAGUUAUUGCACACUAAAUUGCAUUAUCAAUGUUGAAUUACACAAUGUAGCCACAUAAAAUGUGUGCAAUUUUGAACUACAUUAUGUAGGUCUAUAAGGUUUAGAUUGUGUAGGAGAUAUGUUUACGGGCACGGAAAUUAUGUGAUAUAAAUACUAUGCAUGCCAGUCUCUCUUGGCUAAGAGUUGAGGAGAGACUGACUGCAUCACUUAUUUUUAUAAGAAACAUUGUGUUGAAAAUCACAAAUUGUUUGCAUAGUCAACUUACACACCGCUCUGACAAACACUUGUCCCACCAGAUAUGCCACCAGGGGUAUUUUCAAGGUCCCCAAAUCCAGAACAAAUUCAAGAAAGUGUACAGUAUUAUAUAGAGCCCUUAUUGCAUGGAACUUCCUUCCAUCUCAUAUUACUCAAAUAAACAGCAAAUCUGGUUUAAAAAAAAUAAAUAAAGCAACACCUUGUGGCGCAACACCUCUCCCCUAUUUGACCUAGAUAGUUUGUGUGUAUACAUUGAUAUGUAGGCCUCCGUGUGCCUUUAACAAAAAUAUAUGUAGUUGAGCUGUCCUUGAGCUGUUCUUGUCUGAUGAUGUUCUGUAUUAGGUCAUUCUGUAAUAUGUUUCAUGUUUUGUGUGGACCCCAGGAAGUGUAGCUGGUGCUUUUGCAACAGCUAAUGGGGAUCCUAAUAAAAUACCACAAAAAUCUCAAUGUCACCUGUCACAAUGUCACUUUUAAUGCAAAAUUUUACAAAAUUGUAUGUUCUAGCAGUGAAGAUCGCAGGAUGAUCUUUUAAUGUUUCCUGUGUGUGUGUGUGUGUGUGUGUGUGUGUGUGUGUGUGUGUGUGUGUGUGUGUGUGUGUGUGUGUGUGUGUGUGUGUGUGUGUGUGUGUGUGUGUGUGUGUGUGUGUGUUACACCCUUCUAGAUUGCCCCAAAACCCUUGUCUUGUCACAAUAAAUGAUGGCCUUUAAAAUGCCAAACACAUCUUUGUUAACGCCUAAAAAUUAUGACAUUUCUCUCGCCACCAUUCUUCUUUUCAAUAAAGUUAUUUAAUACAUAUGAGGAAAUGUCUCCGGAGUGACAUUGGAGAGAAUACUAUUUGUAUCUUGACACAAAUAUCAAUGAUUCCCAGGACACCUAUAGGAAUAAAUCUAUAGUCAUUUAAUGAUCAUUUUACAAGACCAAAGUCGGGAGAGGUGUCUGCUUAGCUGUGCUCUUUUGCUUUCUAGAUGGGUUCUGGUUGCUCAUGUUUGUAUAUAUAGUUUGUUAACUUGAGUGUAUGACCACCCACAUUCUAUAACUAUUUGCAUGUGUAGGUCUAGUAGUCCAUUAUGAGAUGUCAAGUCAUGGAAACCCAACGGAGAGAAGUUCCAAGCUAUAAACUGCAGAUGAGCCAACGUCAUGUUUGUUGCUGUUCAUAAUAGUUGUGGUUUCUGCACCACAGUGAAGUUUACACCAUAGCCUAUGAAAACAUCUUUACAGUAACAAAAGUACUGUUUCAGGUCACACUUUAUUUGUAUAGUCUGGAUAAUCAUACUAUCAACAAUUUGUUGAUAAGCAACUGCUUGCUAAGAUUACGGUUAGGGUUAGAAUAAGAAUAAGGAUCGGGGUUAAGGUUAGGGUUAGGAUUAGUAUUAGUAGAUAGUUAGUCUAUUUGUAGAUGCUCUACAGACUAUCCAAAUAAAAUGUUACCCAAAAGUCACCUCUUGGAAAACCAACUCUCCUCUUUUGUGUGCUUAAACAUACAUACGAUUUAUGAACUGCAAACCACCCAUGUAUAAUUGUUGAGUUCACCAUUCACUCGUCUGCCCAGCACACAGUUCUCUCAUCUGCAGUACUGCUCUCAUGCGAUAGCUCAGAGGGAAUUUAACAGAGAAAAAUAAAUGCUAGAGACUAACAUUGUUUGACAUUCACUUCAGGAUACUUAGCUCAACGGUCACAUCUUUGACCAUGAGAGAAUGCAGGUUCUACAGCAAAAACUAUGAAAUUCCUAGUGAAAUCUUGGCUUAUAAAAUCAUUUAUGGAGUGUUUCUUGCAUUUUUUGAGAGGAGCUGUGCCAUUUGUCAUAGUGCACAGGCAGUGGUGACCCGUCAUUCAAGGCUCUGCCCCAACUGUUUUGAGCCUGUUUUGCAUGUUAUUUUGGCAUAAAACAUGUCAUAUAUAUACACUGUAUUUAUAUACACAUUGAGUUAAUAAAGCCGC